AUUAGAGGGCUCUGCAGUACUAACGAGUAACGACUAGUAGUUGUUUUACCCGGAGUAAAAUCCAACGAUACCCAUAAAUUGAAAAUCGAGGAGCGGCAAACCAACCCCACUUGUGAAGGGGAUUGAUCUUUGAUGAUGAGUGGAGCGGAAUUGUGUGAAUUAUUGACCGAAUUGGGUUACGAAGAAAGCGCAGUGGACCCUGAUAGUUUGGAAUGGCCAUUCCAGUACGAAGAAUCUCGCCCCAUUCUGAAUUGGCUCUGUUCUACCCUCCGUCCUUCCAAUGUUCUUUCCCCUUCCGAGCUUAAUCAAUAUGAGCAAUUUUUACAACAGGGACAACUGUUGGAGGGCGAAGACUUGGACUUUGCUUAUGAAAGCAUUUCAGCAUUUUCAACAAGGAGAGACAAUCAGGAGGCGGUGUUCGGAACUGAGGAAGGUGUGAAAGACAUAAGGGAUGCUACAUCUGCACUCAAAGCUGAAGCAUUGGGAUUGCAGAGACAACUGAAGCAUCUGCAGUCUCAUUAUGAUAUGCUCACUGGGCAGACCUCAGCUAUUAUACAAGGAAGAAGAUCACGGGUUGCAGCUACAUCCACUGUGAAUGGACAACUAACUAGCAUUGAUGAUAGCCUUUCAGCAAGAAAUUUAGAGAUGAAUGCAGUCCUUGAAAGUAUUGCUUCCACAGCUGAAGAGUUGACUCACUAUCAUUCAGGAGAAGAAAAUGGUGUAUACUUAUCUUAUUCUGACUUUCAUCCGUACUUGCUUGUGGAUGCAUCAUAUAUGGGAGAUCUGAAUGAGUGGUUUUCUAAGAAACUAGACACGGGCCCUUUUCGGUUAGUGGCGGAAGAGGGUAAAUCUGAAUGUUCUUGGGUGAGUCUUGAUGACAUAUCAGAUACUUUAAUACAAGCAGAUAAGGAAAAAUCACAUCAUCAGCGUGUAUCUGAAUUGCAAAGGCUUCGGUCCAUUUUUGGAACGAGUGAAAGACAAUGGGUGGAAGCUCAAGUUUAUAAUGCCAAGCAGCAAGCUAUCCUGUUGGCUCUUAAAGCUCAAGUAACAUCGGAUGAGGCCCACGUUCAUCAUGAUAUACAUUCUCUUAGGAGAAGGCAUGUAGAAUUGUCCGGAGAACUUACAAACCUUUAUCAUAAAGAAGAGAAGUUGUUGUCCGAGACAAUCCCUGAUCUUUGUUGGGAACUAGCUCAGCUGCAAGAUACAUAUAUUCUGCAAGGGGAUUACGAUUUGAAGGUCAUGCGCCAGGAACACUACAUUUAUUGGCAAAAAGUGUUCAUCGGGCAUCUAAUUAAUCAGCUUGCCAGACAUCAGUUUCUAAAGAUAGCAUGUCAGAUGGAGAAGAAGAACAUGCUUGAGGCGUAUUCACUCCUUAAAGUUAUUGAGUUGGAGAUGCAAGGAUAUCUAUCAGCAACAGCAGGCAGAGUGGAUCGUUGCAUGGCAUUAAUUCAAGCAGCCUCUGAUGUACAAGAACAAGGGGCUGUGGAUGAUCGAGAUACGUUUUUGCAUUCUGUGAGAGAUCUUCUCAGUAUGCAUUCAAAUACGCAAGCAAAUCUAUCAACAUAUGUAUCGGCUCCCGGCAUUGCUCAACAGAUCUCUGGCCUUCAUUCAGACCAGAUGAUUUUGCAGUCUGACCUAGAACAAGCUCUUCCUGAAGACAGAAAUAGAUGUAUAAAUGAGCUAUGCACCCUUAUUCAAAGUUUGCAGCAAUUACUGUUUGCAUCGUCAACAACUGCGCAACCAAAUUUAUCGCCUCGGAUACUAAUGAAGGAGAUGGAUGAGAUGGAAAAGGCAAACGCGGAACUAGCUGCUGCAAUAGAGACAGUGUCAUUUGAGCAUCGCAAAAAGAAUGAGAUUGUGAAGCAUCAUUCUCAAGAAAUAGCACUUCAGAGGCAGGUUUUUGUUGAUUUCUUCUGCAAUCCUGACCGUCUGAGGGACCAAGUACGAGAUCUUACUGCACGAGUCAGAGCAUUGCAAGGAUCUUAAUUAUCCACUCCAUUAGUUUUUAAGUGCAGGUUUUUCUAGGGUCGAAAAAGAAUAAAACUUGGAUCUUGCACUUAUUCAGUAUAUAAACAGCAAAGGAAUGAAAUUAUUCUGUUGUUAGUGUAAAAUACAGUUUAAAAUAUCUUACAGAAAUGGAAAGUCCAAUCUCUUGUCUA